AUGACGACGAGUGGCGAGUGGCGGUUGGCGACGGUUCUUGCUGAUGGAGCCGUUGUGAAUGCUAGUGAGGAGGAGGAGAAUCCUGACCUCUUCAUGGCUCUCAAGGGAGGCGGAUAUAGCUUUGGUGCGGUCACUAAGUUUACGCUGAAUGCUGACGACCAGGAAGGCCUGAUUUGGGGCGGGCGCUAUAUUCUCGAAGCUCGAAGAAUCCAAAACAGCAAAGUCGCUCAUGGCUGUCGAAAGCUCACGACGGAGUAUCCCGACGAGGAGGCUGCGAUUAUUCCGGUACCUUCGGCGGAGGGUUGGGUAUUGUUCGUUUAUUAUCGUGGUGCUAGACCUCCUGCGGAUGUAUUUGAGAGAUCCACUGAGCUUGGGCCAAAGGAGAAUCUCCCGAAUACGUGGCAAUUCUAG